AUGGGCAAUGUGUGCACAUGGAGACAAGGAAAAGAAAAUUCAGGAGACCAAAGUUCACCAAGCAUGCAAGAUAAAGAUAUACAAGAACAAUUUGAAAAAUACGAACAAACAAUUAGGAGUAAUAGCAAAAAAAAUAAUUUUACACAAAAGUGUACUAAUGUUGACGAUAGUAAAAAUGAUUUAUUAAGUGAACUGUCAAUAAAUAAAAGAGAGGACGAUAAUUCAAAAGAACAGACAAUAAACAAUGAUAUUUUGGGUGAACAAGGAUCCCCCAAAAAUGAAAAUGAACUUAUGAUUUCCUUAAAUAAAAAAAAUAUAAUUAGUAAGUAUGCAUUGAAUUGCAUUUCUAAUUUUUAUGGUCCACUGCUUGAUAAUUAUGAACAAUAUUCAAGCGACGAAGACGAAACUGAGUGCCUUAGCGAAAUGGACAGAAAAGAGAUGGAAUUAAAAGAGUCGGAUUUGGUCAAUUUGAACGCUAGUCAGGGUAAAAGGAUGUCGGUCAGUGCUGAGGCUUAUGGUGAAUGGAACAAAAAAAAAGAUAAUUUUGUAGCAAAGGUAUAUAAGAAGGAUGAACAUGAAAAAGCCAAAAUACGUGAAGCGUUAAAUGAAUCAUUUUUAUUUAAUCAUUUAAAUAAGAUGGAAAUGGAAACAAUCGUUGAUGCAUUUUUUGAUGAGAAUGUUGAACAAGGUGUAAAUAUAAUAAAUGAAGGAGACGAUGGAGAUUUAUUAUAUGUAAUUGAUGAAGGAGAAGUAGAAAUAUAUAAAACAAAAGAAAAUGGAAAAGAAAUUUUAACCAUAUUAAAAUCAAAGGAUGUAUUUGGUGAAUUAGCUUUAUUAUAUAAUUCGAAAAGAGCUGCAACAGCUAAGGCUUUAACAAAAUGUCAUCUAUGGGCUUUGGAUAGAGAAUCCUUUACAUACAUAAUAAAAGAUAAUGUUGCUAAGAAAAGACAAAUGUAUGAAGAUGUGUUAAAACAAAUUACUAUAUUAAAAGGUAUGGACCCUUAUGAGAGAUCAAAAGUAGCUGAUUGUUUAAAAACAAAAACAUAUUCUGAUGGAGAUAUAAUUAUAAAUGAAGGAGAACAAGGAGAUACAUUUUAUAUAUUAAUUGAAGGAAAUGCUACUGCCUUAAAAGAUAAUAAAGUUAUUAAAACAUACAAUAAAGGAGACUAUUUUGGUGAAUUAGCUCUUUUAAAAAAUCAACCAAGAGCUGCUACUGUAAAGGCGCAAAACACUUGUCAAGUUGUCUACCUAGACAGAAAAAGUUUUAAAAGACUUUUAGGGCCAAUAGAAGAAAUAUUACAUAGAAAUGUAGAAAAUUAUAAGAAGGUCUUAAAACAGUUAGGGUUAGACACCACAUGCAUUGAAGGGAACUAA